CUGAACGGAUGUGGCUUACAGAAAAAGUUUCACAUUUUACGAUCUAACAGCGAUCGAGGAUUCUCAAACAUGUUUUUUUUUUCUUCUAAAAACCCACAAAACAAGUUAAUCUUGCAGCGAUGGAGUGUUAUCUGAAGUGAAGAUUGAAGACUUGAUAGAACAUGGACGACUACUGCUAUGCUAAGAUGGCGACGUCAUCACCAGCGGAGAAAAAGACGAAAACCGAAGAUAAAGACGUCCAGCAGCUGAUUGGUCAUCCUAAAGAACUUCUCCCUCAGCCGCAGGGGGGGAGCUCUACUUUGAAGGAGGAAGCUUCGCAGUCCCCCCACAUUAAAAAGGAAGAGGAGGAACAAUGGAUCACUCAAGAGGGAGAGUGUCUUCUAGGACCACAGGAGGCUGAUCUCACCAAGUUGCCACUGACUGUUGUCUCCGUGAAGACUGAAGAAGAUGAAGAGAAACCACAAGUAGACAACCUCUUAGCUCCACUAUCAGAUAGUGAAGCUGAAAACGAGGUUGAAGUAACUUUGAGCAGCUAUGCAGACUGUGAAGGUGAUAUGAAGACUCACAAUGUCAACAAACACCCCGAAUGCUCUAAAAAGACUGACAAUGAACAUUUGAGUUGCUCAGUUUGUGCUAGAAAUUUUACUCAAAGGAGCAAUUUGAUUAAGCACAUGAGAACGCACACAGGAGAAAAAACAUUUAAUUGUUCAGUUUGCAGUAGAAGCUUUUCUCUUAAGAACACUUUGAUUCAACACAUGAGAACACACACUGGAGAAAAACCAUUUAUUUGUUCAAUUUGUGGUAAAAGCUUUUCUCAAAAGAGCAAUUUGACAGGACACACAAGAACACACAGUGGAGAAAAACCAUUUAUAUGUUUAGUGUGCGGGAAAAGCUUUUGUCAAAAGAGCAUUUUGACUUAUCACAUGAGAACACACACAGGAGAAAAACCAUUUAAUUGUUCAGUUUGCGGUAGAAACUUUUCUGUUAAGAAUAAUUUGAUACAGCACAUGAGAACGCACACUGGAGAAAAACCAUUUAAUUGUUCAAUUUGUGGUAAAAGUUUUUCUCAAAAGAUCAGUUUAACUGAACACACGAGGAAACACACUGGAGAAAAACCAUUUGAUUGUUCAAUUUGUGGUAGAAAUUUUUCCGUAAAGAAUAAUCUGAUUCAGCACAUGAGAACGCACACUGGAGAAAAACCAUUUAAUUGCUCAAUUUGUGGUAAGAGUUUUUCUCAAAAGAUCAGUUUAACUGAACACGUGAGAAAACACACUGGAGAAAAAACAUUUGAUUGUUCAAUUUGUGGUAAGAGCUUUUCUCUAAAGAGCAAUUUCACUCGCCACACAAAAAUGCACAGAGGAGAAAAAAAACAUGUCAUUUAAUUCAGUUUGUUGUAAAAGCUUUUCUCUCAGGGGCAAUGUGACUGAACACACACUGGAGAAAAAAGUAAUUGUUCAGUUUGCAAUAAAAGCUUUUCUCUAAAAAAUGUUUUAUUAGAUUCAUCACAUGAGUACACACUGGAGAAAAAACAUUUAAUUGUUCAUUUUGUGGUAAAAAGACCAAUUUGACUGAACACAUGAAAACACACAGCUGAGAAAAAACAUAUAUAUGUUUGGUCUGCGGUAACAGAUUUUGACAAAAUAGCAUUUUGACUAUUCACAUGAGAUCACAAUUUGGGAUAAAAAUAAUUCAUAUUUUGAGUGUGUAGUCAAAGCUAUACUCACUGUCACUGGUAUAUAUUGUAUAUAUAUUAUAGACAUUAUAUAAUAUAUCUGUAUAUAUAUUAUUCUGUACACAUAUUAUGUAUAUAUUCGUAUAUAUGUUAGAUUUUUUUAUCGCUAUAUUAGUCUAUUUAUACCUGCAUUGUCCAUUCCAUCCUUACACUUUCCAUCAUUGUAACUGAGCUACUGUGUUGAACAAUUUCCCUUGUGGAUCAUUAAAGUUUGUCUAA